UCCUCACCACAUGGUGGCGCUAGAGCAGCAAUCCGCUGUUUGCUGACCGCCAAUAAACACCAAGAAGUCUGAUUUCCGCUACCAGCAGCUAGCUGCUGUUUCCAUUGUUUGCUGCUGGACGCUUUCACAGCUUCCCACCAUCCGAACCGCUCGGUCCACAACCAACCACACCCAACCAGGAUCCAGUCCAGCAGGCGUCCCGGUUCCGACUGACCGCUGGAUCCGCUCCAGAACCCGGAGGAGAAGCGGGACUCCCCCACGGCUCGGAGCUGGAAGCUGCACCGGGUUGCAUCUCACAACAUCUGAAGACCAAACAGGUUCUGUAAUUCAUCUAGAAGGAGCAGAAUGAAGGAAGAGGAGGGUGAGAUGAAGAUUGAGGAGGAGAACCAUGAGAAGAAGGUCGAGGUGAAGCAAGAGAACCAUGAGGUAAAGAUUGAUUUAAAGCAAGAGGAUAAUGAUGAAGGUAAAGUUCAGGAGCACCAGGAGGACUACCAGGACCAAGAACCUGACCACCACACUUUGAACACCACGACCCGGAGCAGCAGAGCCUUUUCCUCUGAUCCCAGUGAUCUACAGGAACAUGAAGACCAUCGACAGACUGGUGGAGCCCUCAAUGUACCAACAAGACCAUCGAAAGGAAGGGUUUUUGGGCAGACUUUGGAAAAUAAAUACACCUGUAACCAGUGUGGUUUAACAUUUGAAAUAAAAUCUUAUAUGAAGAUGCAUCAAUCAAAACACCAUACAGAGAGACCAUACCGCUGUGGCCAAUGUGGAGCAUCAUUUCAAUUGAAAACCUGUUUAAAGAGACACAAAUUGAUCCACACUGUGGAAAGACCAUUCUGCUGUGACCAGUGUGGAGCAACAUUUAAAAGAAAAUAUGAUUUAAGGGUACAUCUAAGAAGCCAUGCUGGUGAGAGACCAUACACCUGUGACCAAUGUACUGCAACUUUCCAAAGAAAAGCUAGCUUGAUGAUACAUCAACGGAUCCACACUGGAGAGAGAUCAUAUAGCUAUAACAAGCAUGGAAAAACUUUUAGGACUUCAUCUCCUUUAAAGAUACAUGAACGUAUCUACAAUGGGGAGAGAGCAUACACCUGUGAUCAAUGUGGGGCAUAUUUUCAAACUAAAUGGAGCUUAAGAAAACAUCAACUGAUCCACACGGGAGAGAGACCAUACAGCUGUGACCAGUGUGCUGCAACUUUUCUAAGAAGAGAUACCUUAAUUGGGCAUCAACGGAUCCACACUGGAGAGAGACCAUACCGCUGUAGCAAGUGUAAAGGAACUUUUAAAACCCAGGCUGAUUUAAAGAGACAUCAACGAAUCCACAAUGAAGAGAGACCAUACAGCUGUGACCGUUGUUCUGCAACUUUUCAAAGAAACGAUAGCUUAAUUGUGCAUAAACGGAUCCACACUGGAGAGAGACCAUACAGCUGUUACCAUUGUGGAGCAACUUUUCAAACAACAUCCAAUUUGAAGGUGCAUCAUCGAAUCCACACUAGAGAGAGACCAAACAAUUGUGAUGGGCCAGAAUCUGUGAAUCUGGAGGCUGAGUAAAACGUAAGUAACUUCAAGAAAAUGACUUAGGUCCUGUUGUGACAGGAAAUAUCCGAACUUUGCAAAUGAAAAAAUGCAGAUCUGCAGAAAUGUGUGAAUGUUAGCUCAUAGAUGUUAAAGUGCCCUCAAUUUCAGUAAAUAACAGAGGUCCAAGGAUUAAGGGCUCUGAAUUCAGAAAGCUAACAGCUAAUGACAUGUGAUGAACAAGAAACUUGGUUGGUGGGUUGUUGGACUCCUGAUUUAGAUUAUCUUUACAUUGAGUUUUGGAUUUCCUUUAAAUUCCACGAAUUAGAAUCUUUCUAUUUCUUAAUUCUUAAAAUAGUUAAACUUUUCAAAUCAAGUAGUUAUUUAUAAUCGGCACACCCUCUCCUGUAUGUUGGAUUUUCCCUCAGUCAUCAGACUAUUGGAUUACUCUUUGUUUCGUGGAUUACUGAUCAAAUAAGGAUUGCUCUGUAUUUGGAGUCCCUGGACUACACCAUGUUUUCCUUUCAAGGAUCAGCUGAGUUACGGCAUGCUGGGACUAUUAGGACAGUGUGAAACCUGUUGUGGUGUUCCUAUGUGGUAUCUACUCAGCUGGUGAGAGUAUUGUGUUGCUGUGCCCGCUAAGCUUGGCAUUAAAGAUAAAUAAAAAUUCCUAUUGAA